AUGCAGACAGAGAGCGAGGCAGACAGAGAGCGAGGCAGACAGAGACUGUUCAUCCAUGCAAAGCAGCCCGGGAACCUUGUGAUGUCGGUUCGCGAUGAGUACCCAGACCAGCCUUACACACUGAAUGGACCAACUACACAAGGUGUUAACGGUGUGCAGAAAUACCAACCUCCGGUGAUGCUUGAGAAGUCCUACACCAUCCACUGGAACGGGCGGGCGCCUCAGCAAAUCUUCAUCUAUCCGAUAAACUUCAACAGCGAGGAUUGGCUUAGACUGGGACUCUGCUACCCACCAGGGACCAUCUUCCGUGUGACGUACCAGCUGGAGAGGCUCGUGCCGUACGCUAUCGUGCACGACGAGGAGGUCGUCCCCGUCUCGAGCCUGAACGCUGUCGAGGGUGGAGACCGGAAAAUGUUCUACUUUGAGGAGAGCACAGGUCUGUUGUUCCUGAAAGUCCGCGCUAACUACGACCGGGAAGGCUACAACUACUGUUCCCACAUGGGCUGUGAGAAGAUCAUCAUCUCGGCUACCAUGACAAGUGACGCGGUCAGCGACUGUACGGCAGCAGCUUAUCCCAAAUACAGCCUGACGCCGACAGAGACUGUCCCCAUGCCGAGCUUCCUGAGUCUGGCUAACGACUGUGCAGGGCAACUUUUCGACCAAUUUUCAGACUAA